AUGAAUCCUACUGACAGCUCCAGCGACCAUGAAAUCAUUCAACUUUACUCACACCUCCUACGCCUGUCGCCGAAAGAAAAGACAACCCGGCUCCUCCUUGCGACGCUCAAGAAUCUCCUAUCCUCCAACCGCACUAGCCUCCUCCCGGUUGCGGUAUUUGUACGCUUACCCGCUUUGCUGUCGAACCUCUCGGGCCGACACUUGACCGAUCCGGACCUCCUCGAGGACCUGAAAUAUCUGUCCGAGAUUCUUGAGGAGUACACCAAAACACAAACAACCUUCGAUCAGUACGCCGCGGAGCUACAGUCGGGUCAUUUGCGGUGGUCACCACCACACAGGAACCCCACAUUCUGGAAGGAGAACGCGCGCCGGAUCCUGGAUGAAUCCAACGGUGCUCUCCCAAAGAAACUGGCCGAGAUCAUCUCAAAGGCGUGGGAGAACGACAAGCAGGUUCUUGCCAUUGCUUGCAACGACGUUGGACAUCUGGUCAAAGAGCUGCCUGAACGGCGGGCGCAGCUAGAGAAGCUUGGACUGAAGACCCGGGUGAUGGAGUUGAUGGCUGACAAGGAUGAAUCCGUACGAUGGGAGAGCUUGCGGGCAGUGGGAGAGUGGCUCCGUUAUACCUUUGAUGAUUGA